AUGCGCCAAGGAAGGCUGCGCAAGCGGUCGAACCACGAGCUGGAGUACUUGCGGCAGCAGGUGAUCGACCUCGAGGAAGAGCUGGAAGUGCUGCGUCAACCGGAUGAAGAAACGUCCCAAGGACUGAAGCUUAGUGCCGGAGAAACGUGGAAAUGCAUCGCCACUAAGCAGAGAGGACAAGCCAAUGCCGCGCUGGAAAUGGGACGGCCGCGCGCCUCGAACUUGUCGGACGAGUUGAUCUGCGCUCUGCUUGACUACUACUUAGAAGAGUACUACGGACGCACUGACGAGGUCUUGGAGAACGUCAAACCUCCACGAAUGGCCUACAAAGUGAACCCCAAGAUUCAGAGCGAUGGAUACUUGCAAGCUACCACCGUAGACAAGCUGAACUUGCCAAACGCGGGUCGGGUCAAGGUGAAGACACGACUUGUCCAGCGUCGAUUCAUCGAGGCUAACCGAGUUGUGCUCGUCUGGGGGUCCUACGUUGAGAUCGAAGGCUCCGCGUUUGUUCGGCUGGAAGAGAAGGGCUGGGUCGCCAUCGAGCCGUACGAGUUUAACAAGAGCGAAAAAGCUGGAUCUUCGAAGCGCAGCAGUGUACCUGAGGAAGAGGAGAAGCAGCACAUUGGAGAGAUGACAGACCUCGUUGUCGGCACUUACCAUUGGAACCUCGGAUCGCUCUCUCAAGUGCUAGAAAACCUCCUCAUGGACGGAAACACGCUGUAA